ACUUCUUUGGUUGACGAAGCUGUUCAAUAUUCAUAGUCAUAGGCUUGCACGGUGAGGAAUGCGUAAUCUGGCCAGCGCUGCGAGACUACACCUGGAAUGUAUAUCUAUUCUAUGCUGGAAUGUAGGGCCUCGUAGGAGGGAGAAGAAGGAUCCGGCCCGUGAUUACGAAGAGGCGUGGUUUCCGUACUUUGGCUCAGGAUACUUCAAUCCGAGCUACACUCUUGGCUCUUCAAGAAUGUCGUGUUGGUACAUUCUUUCUUUUCUGUUGUCGUCCUCCCUAGCCUUUGGGACUGCAACUUCUUUUUCCAUGCCUUUUGAUGGCGCUGCCUAUCUUAACUGCAGUGCAAUACAUGUUUGUGGAUACUCAGAAGCUCCUGGUGCUUCUUGUUUUACUGGUGUUGCUGAUGGGGGGUUUAUUCCAAUAAAUAUUUCAGUCAGUAACUCCUGUCCACAGUGUCCGGUUAAUGUUUCAGUUGUCUUUCUUGUCAAUGGAAUGCCGGCAAAGAACGAACUUGGUGUUACUUGUGAGAUUAGAUGUGGCAAUGAACUUGUGAAAACCUGUAGUUGGAGCAUACAUUUUACUGGUGUAGCACCGGUUAGUUCUUUAAGUUAUGACGUUAAUACAGGAGUACUCUCGUGGUCUUGUCCUUUUUUCUUUUCCAAUGACAUAUCACAAGAAGAAGACCCAGUUUAUAAUGUAUCAAUGAGUGGCGUCCAUAUUGCUAGCACUACUGAUACUAGUGUCUAUCCAAAUGUCAAUAAUUGUAGUGCGGUAGAAACAUUCGGUAUUACUACUUCAAUCGGUGGCUAUCAAUCAUUGAAGACCAAAACCUUUAACAUCAAUGUCUGUAAUGCUAUAUUACUUGAUAAAACAGAGUUUUAUGAUUCAACUAAAGGAACGUUGGGCACUAAUAUAACUUUUCAAGUUCAAAGCAACAUAAAAGUUUGUUCAUUUACUUGUUUCAUUUCCAUUGAUUAUGGAGAUGGUACUAUAAGUAAUGGUUCUCUUGAAGUGUAUGUAUCACCAUCAAAUGAAAAAUCUGUCACUACAUCUCACAUCAUAAAUGGAUUAGUUCCUGGGGCUAACAGAAUCAAAAUUUAUUUUAAUUCUACUGAAGACGUUCUUGGUGUUACUAUCAUAGUGCCAAGUACUAAUCCUGAAGAGACUGGUAGUGAUCCAAUAAACUCUACCUCCUCCUUUCAUUUCUCCUCUAUUUAUCCCACUAUUACCAGUUCUGUCAGUGGAGGACUUGAUGGAACUGAAACUACCUCUUCAAAUAUUGUUGUGAAUGAAACUCUUCCUGUUACAAGCAGCUCACCUGAUGAUGGAGAUUUAACUUCAGCAGAGAUUGCUAUAAUUUCUGUUUUUGCUACUCUUUUUGUAUUAGUAUUACUUAUAUGCAUCAUUAUAUGUGUAUGCCAUCAAGCUUAUCAUAGAUGUGUUAAGAAAAAAAAGAAAAGAAAAGUUCAAUUGACUGGUCAUUCUAACAAUGCUUCUUCACCUGUUAUUGAAACUAAUCAACUUAACAGUACUACAGCAACAGAAGUAACAACUGCUCCUGCUAUAGAAAUGCAAGGGAUGACUAAAUCUGAAAAUGAUUCUACAGAUAUAUCUGAGGAAGCUCUUCAAGCUAUUAGGCAAAAUACUGUUGUGAUACCAGAGAAACCAUAUCAAGAAGCUUCAUCUGAAGUUUCUGAAAGGAGAUCUUAUGUGGAGGAAGCGGAUGAUUGUGAAGACCAAACCCUCUCUUCUGAUGAUGAUCUUUUUGUAUCACCUCAGCAAGUAUCUAAUCCUCAGACCAAUUCAACUAAUAAAAUGGACAUUGUACUUGAGUUAGGAGUAGUAUAGUAAUAAUUAGUGACAUUAUAUUUUUUGUAGUAGUGUGUUCAUUGUCACUUGUCAUCCAGUCAUUUAUUUUUUCAUUGUGUAGAAUGUUCAAUUGUUUAUAGCUCAAA